GAUAUUUACUAUAUUACAAAAUCUGGUCUCUUGGUCACUUUCAGAUCGCCACAAUACUUUGGUAAAGCAAUAAUUGUGUUUUAUUUUAUUUUGUGUUAUUGAACCACACAUAUGGUACAUAUGGUUCCGACAUGUGUUAUUCCGGACAGUUUUGACGUUACUCCAAAAUGUACAUGCGGUUAUCAGUCUAUGACCGCUGUGAAUGGAAAUGUAAUAAAUGUUGUACUAAAAUAAAGAGCAUAGGGGCGUUUUAAUCACAGCCAUGGCUCGGGUGGUUAAAGUGUUUCGAACGCUACGGAAUCACUGGAAAAAGUCCACAUUUGCUGUGUGCGUCCUGACUUAUGGAGGCCACUGGCUGUAUGGAAAACACUGUGACAAUGUUCUACGGAGAGAGGCUUGUCUAGUGGCCAGGGAAUUUGGGCGUCAAAAGAUAGCACCACAUGAGCAGUUGAGGAAAGCAACAGUGAUCUUGAACCCUGCAGCUUGUAAUGGGAAAGCUAAGAACUUGUUUGAAAAAAAUGCUGCUCCUAUUUUACAUCUGGCUGGUGUGGAAGUUACAGUAGUAAAGACAGACUAUGAAGGCCAGGCGAAAAAGCUGAUGGAGUUCAUGGAACAGACAGACAUGCUGAUUGUGGCCGGGGGGGAUGGCACCCUGCAGGAAGUCAUCACAGGUUUACUGCGAAGGCCAGAUCAAGACACAUUCAGUAAUAUGCCGAUUGGGUUCAUUCCACUGGGCUCUCACAAUUCCCUGAGUCCAAGUCUUCACGUCCUGAGUGACAACAAGGUCAAAAACAUCACAUCAGCAACCCUGUCCAUUCUGAAAGGAGAGACAGUACCUCUGGAUGUGCUACAAAUUAAAGGUGAGAAAGAGCAGCCAGUCUUUGCUCUGAUGGGACUCCGUUGGGGUGCUUUUAGAGAUGUGGCUGCAACAAUCAGCAAAUAUUGGUACCUCGGACCAUUGAAGACAAGUGCAGCGCAUUGGUUUUGUACUUUAAGGGAGUGGCCCCUGGCGCGGGAUGUUUCAGUAUCCUACUUGGCUCCCAAGCUUCGGCCUCCUGACCUCCCCACUCAGAAGCUCCCUAGACCAAAUCUGCUCCACCGCAUCAUCCGCAGACUAAAAAACUACUGGACCCUCCCUGUUGAAUUGCCUCAAAAAGCAGAAGAGCCAGAGAAGUGGGUGGAGCAGCAGCUGUCAACGAUAGAGCUGUUUAUUCAAACGCACAACAAAAACCCCAUGGAGAGGCACAUAAAUGACUCAAUGAUGAUCUGUGCAGAGACUAACAACUUCACCGUGGGCGAGUUCAUCACUGUCGGAAAUAAAAAAAGAGAGGACCCAACUGUAUUCACUAACAACUCUACAAAACUGGAAGCCAAUGCUUGCCGGCUGGAGCUGCCAGAGGGCACCAGCGGCUUCUACAACAUUGACAACGAGGAGUAUGAGGCCAUGCCUGUGGAGGUAAGGCUCUUACCACGGAAAUUGCGCUUCUUCAUGACUGCAGAGCGCAGAGAUCAGUUCCUCUCACAGAUGCAGUGAUGAGACAACAUAAACCAGAAAGAAAAGAAGAACAGCAGGACAAAAACUGACUUCAAGCCAGACGCAAAAGGACCAGAUGCUAUGACGGAUAUCGACUUUACCAGCCAUCUUAAAUGACCAUGAAGGGCCGUUGGUUUGAGCAGUCUGUCUCACUGCAUUUGAUCAUAAAAAUAACUUCUAGUGUUUAUUUUAACAACUAUGAAAUGGCUUAAAUUACAUAGCGCUGUAUAUAAAUGGACCAAGGCUUUAUGUUUUAAAGACUUUAACCUAUGUACUGCUUGCCUUUCAAACAGACUGUAUGUUUACUGAAUGGUUUGCCGUUGCCAUCACAUUCAAACUUGAUCAGUAAAAAUAAUCUACAUCCAAUUCAGUGCAAAGCGUCAUUAUACCAGUCAUUUAGUGUGUGCUGCAGUGUACAGCAGCCUGAUCUGACACAUGGUGUAGACAGCAAAUCUGCAGGAGUACGUUGGGGGUUAUAGAUUCAAGAUUUUUUUAUUUGCCAUUU